CUCAAACCAGUUUUCCCUCGAAUUCCAUACGGUUAAUAUCGUCAAUUAUUGUUCAAAAAAACAAUUUUUUUUAAAAUGGCGCCAAAACUAACAUAUUUUAAUGGAAAAGGUCUCGCGGAAUUGGUGAGAUUAUUGUGCAAAUACGGAGAUGUUGAAUUUGAAGAUGUUCGUAUUGAACGUGAGCAAUGGCCCGAAUUAAAACCGACCACUCCGUUUGGACAAAUGCCGCUUUGGGAGGAAAAUGGAAAAGUUGUUUCGCAAAGUGUUGCAAUUGCUAGAUAUGUAGCGAAAAAAGUUAAAUUAGUUGGUGCAAAUGAUUGGGAAAAUUUGGAAAUUGAUGCGAUUGUUGAUACAAUAACCGAUUUAAGACUAAAAUCUAGUCCGAUAUUCUACGAACAAGAUGAAACGAAAAAAGCUGCGUUAUUAAAAACUUUCUUGGAGGAAACUUUACCGUUUUAUUUAGAUAGAUUUGAAAAAAUGGCUGGAAGUGGUCAUUUAGUUGGCAAUAAGUUAACCUGGGCAGAUUUCUAUCUAGUAACUGUAAACGAUGCUUUAACACGAGUUUCUGGAAAAGCAGUUGAUUCUAAAUAUGUUAAUCUUUAUAAAGUUAUUGAAAAUGUUACUUCUAUUCCACAAAUUAAGAAAUGGAUUGAAACUCGCCCCAUCACACCAUUCUAAUGUAUUCUUUUUAUAAUUAAUGAUUUAAGAAACAAUAAAAUUAUAAAUAUUAAGAUUUAA